AUGGCCCCUGCGGAGGAGGAGGAGGAGGUGACCCCAGGGCCCCUGCUGUGCCGGGUGGAGCGGUGCGGCGCUGUGGACCAGAAGAGGAUGGCGUCCGAGAACCGGCCAGGCUCGUCCCUGCCCAACAAGAGAUGGAGCGUGCGUGUGCGUCGCUCCAACUCCAGCGCCAGAGAACUCCACUUGUCCGCGUUUUACGCAGGCUCGCCGCAGGUGCCGCGCCAGCGCCAGCCGGACGCCGAGCUGGAGGUGCAGCAGAAAUGUGGGUUUUCAGAGCUUUAUUCAUGGCAAAGAGAAAGAAAAGUAAAGACAGAGUUUUGUCUUCAUGAUGGACCUCCUUAUGCCAAUGGAGACCCUCACGUGGGACAUGCUUUAAAUAAGAUUUUGAAAGACAUAGCCAAUCGAUUCCAUAUGAUGCGAGGCUCCAAAAUCCACUUUGUGCCUGGCUGGGAUUGCCAUGGGCUUCCCAUUGAGAUAAAAGUAUUAUCUGAACUUGGUGGAAAAGCUCAGAGUCUUUCAGCUAUGGAAAUUAGAGAGAAAGCUCGGACGUUUGCUAAAGCAGCCAUUGAGAAACAGAAGUCAGCAUUUAUUCGCUGGGGAAUAAUGGCAGAUUGGAAUAACUGCUACUACACUUUCGAUGGGAAGUAUGAGGCCAGACAGUUGAGAAUAUUUUACCAGAUGUAUGAUAAGGGUUUGGUUUAUCGGUCAUACAAGCCUGUGUUUUGGUCUCCCUCAUCCAGGACGGCCUUGGCAGAAGCGGAGCUUGAGUAUAACCCUGAACACACCAGCCGUUCCGUGUACAUGAAGUUCCCCCUCCGGGCGCCUUCCCCGAAGCUGGCCUCGCUGCUCGACGGCGCCACGCCGGUGAGCGUGCUGGUGUGGACCACGCAGCCGUGGACAGUCCCAGCCAACCAGGCCGUGUGCUAUGCGCCGCAGUCCAGGUACGCUGUUGUGAAAUGCUCCACCUCAGGAGACCGCUACAUAGUGGCUGCAGAUAAAGGCCCAUCGCUUGCUUCUGCUUUGGACACAACGUUUGAGGUUAUAUCAACUUUUUCAGGAGAGGACUUGGAAGGUGGCGCUUGUAGUCAUCCUCUCGUCCCAGGUAAAGUGUCGCCUCUCUUACCUGCGACUCACGUGACUGUGGCGAAGGGCACGGGUCUGGUGCACACGGCCCCAGCGCAUGGCAUGGAGGACUACGGGGUGGCGGCUCAGCACAGCCUGCCUGUGGAUUGUUCUGUGGACGAAGGUGGGCUGUUCACAGCUGCUGCAGGCCCUGAACUCGAGAGCAAGGCUGUCCUGGAAGAGGGGACCGACGAGGUCAUAAAGAUGCUUCAGAGCGUGAAGAGCCUUUUGAAAGAGGAGACACUGAUCCACAGCUAUCCCUAUGACUGGAGGGCCAAGAAACCAGUCAUUGUUCGUGCCAGCAAGCAGUGGUUUGUGAAGAUCUCGGACAUCAAGCCUGCAGCUCAGGAGGCGCUGAAGGCUGUGAAGUUUAUUCCCGGAGCGGCGCUGAAUGCCAUGACCGAUGUGCUGGAGCGGCGGCCGUACUGGUGCAUCUCGCGGCAGCGUGCGUGGGGCGUGCCCAUCCCCGUGUUCCAUCACAGGGCCAGAGAUGAGUGCUUGAUCAACAGCCAGACCGUGGAGCACGUCGCCAAGCUGGUGGAGCAGCACGGCAGCGACGUGUGGUGGACGCUGCCCCCGGAGCAGCUGCUCCCGAAGGAGGUCCUGUCGCAGGUCAGCGGUCCCGACGGCUUGGAGUACCUGCCCGGCCAGGACAUCCUGGACAUCUGGUUCGACAGUGGGACCUCGUGGUCUUGUGUUAUUCCAGGUGCCGACCAGAGGGCGGACCUGUACCUGGAAGGCAAGGACCAGCUCGGCGGCUGGUUCCAGUCGUCCUUGCUGACGAGCGUUGCGACCAGGGGGAAGGCCCCCUUCAAGACAGUCAUGGUCCAUGGCUUUACCCUUGGAGAAAGGGGAGAGAAGAUGUCCAAGUCCCUCGGCAAUGCCCUGGACCCUGACGUUGUCAUCAAUGGGGGACAAGACCAGAGUGCGGAGCCUCCGUACGGGGUGGAUGUCCUCCGCUGGUGGGUGGCUGCGUCCAACGUCUUCACGGAAGUGACCCUUGGGCCCUGUGUGCUGAGCGCAGCCAGGGACGACAUCAACAAGCUUAGGAACACACUCCGCUUUCUCCUGGGAAAUGUCGCCGGCUUCGCCCCAGACACAGACUCCGUGCCUGUGGACCGCAUGCACGUCAUCGACCAGUACAUGCUGCACCUGCUGCAGGGUUUGGCGAGCAAGGUCACCGACGCCUACAAGCAGUAUGACUUUGGGAAAGUUGUCCGACUGUUGCAGGCAUUUUACACCAGGGAGCUCUCUGGCUUUUACUUCAGCAUCAUCAAGGACCGGCUCUACUGCGAGAAGGAAGAUGACCCCAAGCGCCGCUCCUGCCAGAUGGCGCUGGCCCAGAUCCUGGACGUGCUGGUCCGCGCCUUCGCGCCCAUCCUGCCGCACCUGGCCGAGGAGGUGUUCCAGCACCUGCCCUACGGCUCAGAGCCCGAGAGUGUUUUCCGCACAGGCUGGAUCGGCACCAGCUCCGUCUGGAAGAAGCCCGGGCUGGAGGAGGCGGUGGAGGGUGCGUGUGCUAUGCGAGAUUCGUUUCUCGGCAGCAUCCCGGGCAGAAACGCUGCAGAGUACGAGGUCGCCAUCGUGGUCGAGCCGGGCCUGCUCUUUGAGAUCAUGGAGAUGCUGCAGGCCGAGGAGACAUCCAGCACCUCGCAGCUCAGUGAGCUCAUGAUGGCCUCGCGAUGUACGCUGCUGGCCCAGGAGCCCCGGCAGAGGCCGGCUGGCACUACCGAACUGGCGGGCACCUUCCUCAUCAACCUGGAAGGUGGCGACAUUCGGGAGGAAUCCUCAUACAAAGUGCUCGUCACACCGGCGACGCAGGAAAAGUGCCCUCGCUGCUGGAAGUACACGGCUGAGUCCCCAGACACGCUGUGUCCUCGUUGUGCUGAGGUGGUGGGCGGGGUGUAGCACGAGGGCUCCCCGGCACUAGGCCCAGGGGUGUAGGUGAUUCCCGUGACACAGAAAGCCAGGCUGUAGUUAAGGAAAGGUGAAGGAUGAAGGAUGGAGUAAGAGUCAGCCAGAUGUGGAGGCGCACACCUUCAUCACGGCCUUCGGGAGGCCGAGGCAGGAGGAUCGCGGGUUUAUCACCAGUCUCGGCUGCAGUGAGACCUUGCCUCAAGAAAAAUCAAACGCUAGAGUUACACGCGUGCCUUCACUAAAGUGAAGGGUUGUACAUAAACGUGGAAAUGUGUUGCAGGCCCAUUGAUCCUGUGGAAUGGACACAGGCAUAGAUGGUUUUAUAUUUUCUAAGAAUCUUUUUGAGUGUUCAGCUCCAUAAUGUAAUAAAAGCACUCUGAACAGCUGCCGCUGGUGCAGGCUGUGGCUGUGGCUGCGGCUUGGAGGGGGAAGCUGGGAGCAGAUUAUGCGCACAGGCGCACAGUGUGGGCAGGGACUCAGUCUCUCCGUCCGCCUGCCUCAGCAACUUAAAUACUCAAUUGGAUUUCUUAAAAGAGCAAUUUAAAUUGGCUGUGCUUUUAGAUGAGUUUUUCUAACAAAGGUGAAACUUCACCUCCCUUUGCAAGAAUCUGAAAUGGGCAGGGUGGACAGGGUGGACACUGACGUCUCCCUGCAUCACAAUAAAAGGCCUUAAGGAG